AUGGAUUGUGGUGAAACUGAACUUAAUAGUGCUGCAUUUUCAUCUGCCAAGUCCCUGCGUGUCUUGGACUUGAGCGAGUGCUCCAUACAUAAGUUGCCAGAUUCUAUUGGUCAACUGAAGCAGCUGAGAUAUCUUAAUGCUCCGAGAGUCCAGCAUGCAACAAUUCCUGAUAGUAUCACCAAGCUCUUGAAAUUAAUUUACCUCAAGCUUAAUGAAUCUCCUACAAUCUUGGCACUGCCAGAGUCAAUUGGAGAUAUUGAAGGUCUGAUGUACCUUGAUUUGUCAGGUUGUUCAGGAAUUGAAACACUGCCAGAAUCAUUCGGGAGGCUAAAAAAAUUGGUGCGUCUGGAUUUGUCAAAUUGCUCUCGUAUUGGAGGUGUAUCUGUGUUCUUAGAGAACUUCACAGAACUGCAAUAUUUGAACUUAUCACACUGCCCAAAUAUUGGGCCGCUGUCAGAAGCUCUAGGUGGCCUAUCUGAACUGCAAUACCUGAACAUAUCAUUCAGCUCGUAUCUUGUAGGUCGCCAAGAAGCAGAAGUUUUGGGAACCUUCAGCAAACUCGAGUAUUUGAACUUAUCUUCAGAAGACUGUGAUCUUCAAAAGCUCCCUGAAUCUUUGGGCGGAUGUGUUAAACUCAAGUAUUUAAACUUAACAGGCUGUCGUCAUAUGAAAGAAUUGCCAGCAUCAUUUGGGAAUCUCAAUAACUUAGUGCAUCUUGAUUUAACAAACUGUGGAGAGGUCAAUGGUGUACCGGAAGCUUUGGGUGGCCUGACCAAACUCCAAUAUUUGAAUUUAUCAUGGGUAGGUCCUGGUGAAAAACAGUCUCUCGUUGGGCUUCCAAAUGUCAUCGGCAAUCUCACUGAAAUCCGAUAUUUAAAUUUAUCGGGGUGCAUGCAUUGUAUCAUUGAAGCUGACGGGAACAGUGAUACAAGAGACCAAAUUGACAGUUUCAUGGACCGUAUCAGCACGCUUUCCAAUCUAGAGCAUUUGUACUUGUCUAGAAACAUUUGUAUUGGCAGUAUACCUGCAAGUUUUUGUAACCUCAGGAAGGUGCAUACAAUGGAUUUCUCGUCCUGCUAUGAUCUUCGCGAGAUACCAGAAUAUAUAGGUACAAUGGAUAGCUUGAAGACUCUAUAUUUAAAUGGCUGUUAUUCUCUCAAUCACUCUAAUCUCUGCGGCAGAUCAGUACCAGGAUUUGUGGUGCAUACUGGUGAUGGUGAAUCUGACACCAACCUAGUCUUGCUACAAUACAGGGAUCCUCAAGAGCUGAUAAGCCAGCUACCAAACCUGAAUCGGCUGGUCCUCAGAGGUAUGGAAAGUCUGGAAGAGUGGAAUACAUCAUACUCUAGUGGUCAGGAGUACGUGCUUGGUUUGCUUCACCACCUCGCUGGCCUCACUGGUUUAUGGCUCAGCUAUUGCAGUGAUCUGACCGGCUCACCAGAGAUCAUCCAACACCUCUCCUCUGUCGAAACACUAUCACUAGAAGCCAAUGAUCAGGAUGACCUGCCGGAAUGGUUGGGUGAGCUCACCUCUCUUCAGAAACUGGAAAUGCACGAGAACAUGAGGCAACUCAAAAAGCUACAGACACUCCAAGUGUCCGAUUGCAACAGCAUGGCAUCACUGCCCCGCUGGUUAGGAGGAUUAACCUCUCUGAAGAAACUCGAUAUCUCGGAUUGUCAAGGCCUCAGGUCUUUGCCUGACAGCAUACAAAAACUCAACAACCUCCAGGAACUAAAUCUCUAUGAUUGCUCUCAAAUAGAGCACCUGGUUGAAUCAGAGGAGAACAAGAUGGAGCAUACUGACAUGAAAGAAAGGGUAUGUGUCCUGCCCACUUCUCUCAAGAAAAUUGAGAUACACGAAUGUCAUGGCAUAAGGUCGCUGCCGGAUGGCAUACAACAACUAACCAACCUCCAGAAGCUAUCCAUUGUUAACUGCCGUGAAUUAGUGAAGUGGUGUGAAUCGGAGGAAAAUAAGAUGAAGGUCGGUCACCUCCGGCUCCAGGAGCUAUACGUAGGUUUGCAUCCUUCCAAUCUUAUUUUCGAAUGGUUACUUUUAUGUUUUCGUGAUAUUAUUACUUUAUUCUCCUUUUGA